CCGUGAGCCGAUGGGGGUGGGGAGGAUCCCGCCUGGGCCGGAACAAAAGCCAGGUCUCGGGCGGUUGCCAAAGACUGGAGCGGAGCGGAGAGUGUGGGGUGAGUUGAUCCUGAGGAAGGAGCUCCGCGCACGGACUUUCGCUGAGAGUGGAGCUGGAGUCUCUGCAGCCAUGUCGGCCAAAGCAAUUUCGGAGCAGACGGGCAAGGAACUGCUUUACAAGUACAUCUGCACUACAUCGGCCAUCCAGAACCGGUUCAAGUAUGCCCGGGUCACCCCUGACACGGAUUGGGCCCAUCUGCUGCAGGACCAUCCCUGGCUGCUCAGUCAGAACUUGGUGGUCAAGCCAGACCAGCUGAUUAAACGGCGUGGAAAGCUGGGCCUAGUCGGGGUCAACCUCACUCUGGAUGGGGUCAAGUGCUGGCUGAAGCCACGGCUGGGACAGGAGGCCAUGGUUGGCAAGGCCAAAGGCUUCCUCAAGAACUUUCUGAUCGAGCCCUUCGUCCCUCAUAGUCAGGCAGAGGAGUUCUAUGUCUGCAUCUAUGCUGCCCGAGAUGGGGACUACAUCCUAUUCCACCAUGAGGGUGGGAUGGACGUGGGCGAUGUGGACGCUAAAGCCCAGAAACUGCUCGUUGGUGUGGACAAGAAGCUGAAUCCUGAGGACAUUAAGAAACACCUGUUGGUCCAUGCCCCUGAGGACAAGAAAGAAAUUCUGGCCAGUUUUAUCUCCGGCCUCUUCAAUUUCUAUGAAGAUUUGUACUUCACCUACCUGGAGAUUAACCCCCUUGUCGUGACCGAGGAUGGUGUCUAUAUUCUUGACUUGGCUGCCAAGGUGGAUGCCACGGCCGACUACAUCUGCAAAAUGAAGUGGGGUGAUAUAGAGUUUCCUCCCCCCUUCGGGCGUGAGGCUUAUCCUGAGGAAGCCUACAUUGCAGACCUGGAUGCCAAAAGUGGGGCAAGUCUGAAGCUGACCUUGCUGAACCCCAAGGGGAGGAUCUGGACCAUGGUGGCUGGGGGUGGUGCCUCUGUCGUGUACAGCGACACCAUCUGCGAUCUUGGGGGUGUCAACGAGCUGGCGAACUAUGGGGAGUACUCAGGCGCCCCCAGCGAGCAGCAGACCUAUGACUAUGCCAAGACGAUUCUGUCCCUCAUGACACGUGAGAAGCACCCAGAUGGCAAGAUCCUUAUCAUCGGAGGCAGCAUCGCAAACUUCACCAAUGUAGCCGCCACAUUUAAGGGUAUCGUGAGAGCGAUCCGGGAUUACCAGGGCCCCCUAAAGGAGCACGAGGUCACGAUCUUUGUACGGAGAGGUGGUCCCAACUACCAGGAGGGCUUACGGGUGAUGGGAGAAGUCGGAAAGACCACUGGGAUCCCCAUCCAUGUCUUUGGCACUGAGACACACAUGACAGCCAUUGUGGGCAUGGCUCUGGGCCACCGGCCCAUCCCCAAUCAGCCACCCACAGCUGCCCACACAGCAAACUUUCUCCUCAAUGCCAGCGGGAGCACAUCGACUCCAGCCCCUAGCAGGACGGCGUCUUUUUCUGAGACCAGGGCUGAUGAGGUGACACCUGCGAAGAAGGCCAAGCCUACCAUGCCUCAAGAUUCAGUCCCAAGUCCAAGACCCCUGCAAGGAAAGAGUGCCACCCUCUUCAGCAGCCACACCAAGGCCAUCGUGUGGGGCAUGCAGACCCGGGCCGUGCAAGGCAUGCUGGACUUUGACUACGUCUGUUCCCGGGACGAGCCCUCGGUGGCCGCUAUGGUUUACCCUUUCACUGGGGACCACAAGCAGAAGUUUUACUGGGGUCAUAAGGAGAUCUUGAUCCCUGUCUUCAAGAAUAUGGCUGAUGCCAUGAAGAAGCACCCAGAAGUUGAUGUGUUGAUCAACUUUGCCUCUCUCCGCUCUGCUUACGACAGUACCGUCGAGACCAUGAACUAUGCUCAGAUCCGGACCAUUGCCAUCAUAGCUGAAGGCAUCCCUGAGGCCCUCACGAGGAAGCUGAUCAAGAAGGCGGACCAGAAGGGAGUGACCAUCAUUGGACCUGCCACUGUUGGGGGCAUCAAGCCCGGGUGCUUUAAGAUUGGGAAUACGGGUGGAAUGCUGGACAACAUCCUGGCCUCCAAGCUGUACCGCCCUGGCAGCGUGGCCUAUGUCUCGCGUUCUGGAGGCAUGUCCAACGAGCUCAACAAUAUCAUCUCCCGGACCACAGAUGGUGUCUAUGAGGGCGUGGCCAUUGGCGGGGACAGGUACCCUGGUUCAACGUUUAUGGACCAUGUCUUACGUUAUCAGGACACUCCAGGAGUCAAAAUGAUUGUGGUUCUUGGAGAGAUAGGGGGCACUGAGGAAUAUAAGAUCUGCCGGGGCAUCAAGGAGGGCCGCAUCACCAAGCCGGUGGUCUGCUGGUGCAUUGGGACCUGCGCCACCAUGUUCUCCUCCGAGGUACAGUUUGGUCACGCUGGAGCUUGUGCCAACCAGGCUUCUGAAACUGCAGUAGCCAAGAACCAGGCUUUGAAGGAGGCAGGAGUAUUUGUACCCCAGAGUUUCGAUGAGCUUGGAGAAAUCAUCCAGUCUGUGUAUGAGGAUCUUGUGUUCAAAGGUGUCAUUGUACCUGCUCAGGAGGUGCCACCCCCAACAGUGCCAAUGGACUACUCCUGGGCCAGGGAACUGGGCUUGAUCCGCAAGCCAGCCUCGUUCAUGACCAGCAUCUGCGACGAGCGUGGGCAGGAGCUCAUCUACGCGGGCAUGCCCAUCACCGAGGUCUUCAAGGAAGAGAUGGGCAUUGGUGGGGUCCUCGGCCUCCUCUGGUUCCAGAAAAGGUUGCCCAAGUAUUCCUGCCAGUUCAUCGAGAUGUGCCUGAUGGUCACAGCUGAUCAUGGGCCUGCUGUCUCUGGGGCUCACAACACCAUCAUCUGUGCCCGGGCUGGAAAGGACCUGGUCUCCAGCCUCACCUCAGGGCUGCUCACCAUAGGGGAUCGAUUUGGGGGUGCCUUGGAUGCAGCAGCCAGGAUGUUCAGUAAAGCCUUUGACAGUGGCAUUAUCCCUAUGGAGUUUGUGAACAAGAUGAAGAAAGAAGGAAAACUUAUCAUGGGCAUUGGCCACCGAGUGAAAUCGAUAAACAAUCCAGACAUGCGAGUGCAAAUCCUCAAAGAUUAUGUCAAACAGCAUUUCCCUGCCACACCUCUGCUCGAUUAUGCACUGCAAGUAGAGAAGAUUACCACCUCAAAGAAACCAAAUCUUAUCCUGAAUGUAGAUGGUUUGAUCGGAGUUGCAUUUGUAGACAUGCUUAGAAACUGUGGGUCCUUCACUCGGGAAGAAGCUGAUGAGUAUAUUGACAUUGGAGCCCUCAAUGGCAUCUUUGUGCUGGGAAGGAGUAUGGGCUUCAUUGGACACUAUCUUGAUCAGAAGAGGCUGAAGCAGGGGCUGUAUCGUCAUCCAUGGGAUGAUAUUUCAUAUGUUCUUCCGGAACACAUGAGCAUGUAACUGAACCAGAAACUCAACUGCAGUGAAGUGAAGACAAAAACUCCCCCCUCCAUCCCCUCCCUCUGGGAAAUAGCUUGCAGACAGCUGCGCUAGAGCCUGCACUAGGAUGGGCCUGGAAUGGAAACAGCCUCUGGUGUACAGGCAGGAAGAGCAGCACCCUCAGGCUAACUCUGUUAGUCCACACAAAGAAGCUUAAUAUUUUUUUUUAUAUAAGCAUAGAAAUAGAAACCAAGCCAAUACUUGUGACAUUUGCUCUGCUACCUGCUGUAUUUAUUAUAUGAAAGCAUCUAAGCACUGUCAGAAUAGUGUUUUUCCUUGUUGUAGGUCAUUAUGAUGUUGCUUCAGUUUUCCCAUUUGUUUAAAAAAAAAAAAAAAAAAAAAAAUUCCCUUGGAGAAAGAGAAAGACCUCAAAAUAUACCAUACAUUUAAAGUACUCUUAAUAUCUUGUUUUUCCACUUCCCUUUCUUUCUCCUCAUUUACCAUGAAGAACAUUGUAUUAAUCUGAUUUUUUUAGGAUGUUUUUUGUAUGUUACGUGUUAAGGGUGUGUUUGGUAUCCCGCUAAAAAGUGUUCCGUGUUGCAGCCUAAAAUCUGCUUAUGUCAGGGGGAUGGGACCAUUGCAUCCUCAGCCAGCAUCACAAAAUAUGUGGAGUAGUAAUUUAAAAUGUAAAGUUGUGACGUACAUGUUUAAAAUGGAAAUGCAAAGCAAAAAGCUGUGAAAUGUCUUCUGUCUUAUGUUCUCUGUAUUUAUUCAGCUGACUUGUGUGUUACUGAAGGAUGGGGUCCAAGGGCUCUUCUCCAGCCAGUUUGCAUCUAAUCCACAAAGAUUCUGGACAGCUGCCACUUCAGUCUCCUCUCUGUAUUAUCAUAGUUUGGUUUAAAUAAACUGUAUAGUAACAA